AUGUCAAUUCCAGUCCGGGUGAGUCAGAAUCAGAGCCCAAAGUACUCGCACAGUCGUCCAGCUGAACCCUCAUGCCUUACCAACCCCUCUAACCGCCGUCCACGGUGACGUGGUCCGGGCCCUCCACAGUCGACGCCGCUCGUGUGCAGUGGGUCAGUACAGUAUCUGAUCCAACUUGAAGGACCAAGUCUAACCUGCGUGUUUCCAAUAGCCACACCCGACCGAUCCCAUCUCUCCACUUUUCUUGCCCCUCCGGCUCCAGCUCCGGCUCCAGCUCCAGCUCCAGCUCCAACUCCAGCGCACCGACCCCCUCUUCGUCCGAAGGCCCCACAUCCUCCACCUCCACCUCCACCUCUGAUCCAGCGUACCUCCUCAUUUCCUCUUGCAAGGACGGCAAACCACAAUUGCGCAACUGGUCCGUAAUAAAACGCCUUAGCUGGUGGAUGAACCUCAAGGACGAGGAAACUCAUCUCUUCUGUUCGCUCGGCCCUUCUCGUCGGUCCUCCCCAAAAAAACAGGCUAGGAGACUGGGUCGGCACCUUCGUUGAAGGAGGACACAAAGGCGCCGUAUGGUCAUCUCGGCUGUCCCAAGAUGGUGAACGAGCAGUCACCGGCUCAGGCGACUUUACAGCGUAUGUCAUUUCUACAGCCACUUGGCGCACCCACACUCGGGGUGAAAAUCCUGAUCCUGUUCUGAUCGGAACAUCCCUACAGCAAGCUCUGGGACACCACGACCGGAUCUUGUCUCUCGACCUUCAACCACAACCACAUCGUCCGAUCCGUCGACAUCAACGCCUCCUCCACUUCGCUCCUCACAGGCGGUGCCGAAAAUAAACUUCGGCUCUGGGACCUAACCCGAUCCUCAAUUUCAUCGUCCGAAACGACCGAGGAUCUCAUCUCCCCUACUCAAGAAGGGGCUUGCGUCGAGUUCAAGGAUACAGGUUCGGAUACUGCGCACGAGGGGACCAUCAAGACGGUUUUGUUCGAUGAUGAGGCGAGAUGGGUCGUCGUUUCCAUGGGGGAGGAUCAGAAAGUAAAGUCAGUCUAAAAGGGGUUUCAACCCACUGUCCCUUCAACCACCCAAAACGUCGCUCAUCCCUUGAAUCAAAAACAGAUGGUGGGACAUCCGCACGCUCUCUUGCAUCCAUACACUCUCCCUACCCAACCCCAUCACGUCCCUCUCCCACGCCACACCUCUCGGUCCCCUCUCCCCUUCCCCCCAACUCGCCCUGACCACGACCCAAGCCCUCCACCUCUACUCCCUCUCUGACCCCCUCGUCCACUCCGAACCACUCACCACCCAUUCCCUAUCCUACACACCCUCAACAGCCUCCGUGUACCCUUCUCCAUCCAAACCCCUCUUCGUCACCGGUUCCACGACCGACAACUGGGUCCACGUGCAUGACCUUUCGACGGGGGAAGAGAAAGAACUCGGUAAAGGCCAUCACGGGCCCGUUCAUGGGGUCAGUUUCAGUCCCGAUGGGGAGAUGUACGCCAGUGCGGGAGAGGACGGUACGAUUAGGUUAUGGCAAACCGAACCCAAGGAUUGGGGUUUGUGGAGGUAUAAUCAUGAGGAACUUUGA